AUGGAUUCCGAACCCGAAAUGCCGCUCAUUAACACUAUAAUAACCACUUUCCCUGGCCUCCCAACAUACAACCUCACCCUCCCUGCCUCUGCCCCAAUCUCCUCUGUCCUCCCCCGCCUCCGUCUUCUCCUCCCCCCAACUCUUCUACACUCCCGCCUCCUCCUAACCCCUACUUCAUCCCACUACCACCCCCCCUCGGCCACUCUCUCCACCUUAACAGCGUCAUCAUUUCUAACCCUCCGCCUACACCCCCCCCUAUGUGGUGGCAAGGGAGGUUUCGGCUCUCAACUUCGUGCCGCUGGCGGCCGCAUGUCAAGUCGGAAAAAGCGUGGCCAACAGGAAAACAACGACUCUUGUAGGAAUCUCGACGGACGUAGGAUGCGUACUGUUAAAGAGGCAAAGGCACUAGCGGCGUAUUUGGAAAUCAGACCCGAGAUGGAGAAGAAGGAGCGGGAGGCUAGGAAGGAGAGGUGGAGGAAAAUCGUCGAGGAGGCUGAGAGGGGCGGGAGGAACGGUCGCGCGAAUGCGGCGAGGUUCGAUGAUUUGGAGUGGUUGGAGAGUACAGAGGAGGAGAGGGUUCGGACUAGGGAGGCGGUGGAGAGAGUUAUGAAGGAGUUGGAAAUGGGGGGAUUGGAUGCGGAGGGGGGAGGGGAGGGGGAAGGGGGAAGCUCCGGGAGUGGAAGUGAUGUGGAGGUGGAUGGCGGCGAUGAUAGUGCUACCGGUGAAGGGAGUAGUGCCGCUGCUCCUGUGAAGGAAGCCAAGGAGAUGAGGUUCUCGGGCUGGGAUGAAGACGACGAAUUCCUCAGCAGCGACGAGGAAAUGAGUGAUAUUGCCGAGGAAGACGAAGAGGAGGGACCAGUCGAAGGAAAAGGCAAAGGAAAACAACCUGUUUGAUUGCUCAAUUCUUUUCUCUCUUUUUCGUGGGCAAAAUCACUCUCUGUAUUCCCUUAGUCCGUUGCUUAAUGUCACACUUCCCCAUCAUGUCAAACUAAAAUAAGUUCAAGCAAGCAAGCCAAUACCGUAUCAAACUCCCGUCGUCUUUUUCACUCAUUCGAUUUGUCAUACGGGUUCAAGUCGUCUGCCGGGGUAACUUCUCCGUGAAACGGGUGGGGUCCCGUCUACAUGGUGUUCACAUGCUCUCACUUGUGGAUGCUGGUUGGGGGGUUGGUGACCGGGCUCGAGGGAGGGGCGUGGAUGACGAGAUCUGAACUUUCGCAUCAUAACCUGCGAUAACCGAAUGUUGGAGAGACAGAUCCCCCCCUGAUUGAAAUAGGCAGCUAUACUAUAGUAGUGCUCUAUCCUUCCUCCUCGCCAUCGAGCCUAGCGAGCAAAAUGAAGACAUUCACACCGCAAACUUUGAUAAGGGACAGUUCUGUCUGUCAGCCCGUCCGUGGGUAAACUUGUGAGAUCAAACGGCAUCGCGUGUGAGAAAACCCGGAGAGGAAGAGAAUAAGAGUGACAAGUCAUGAGGAAGGGGCAUAUGCUGCACGAGUACGGUAAAGGUCUCAUAUGCCCCUCGAGUUUGUCAAAUGUCCCUCAAAUGCCACGGCACCCUCAGAUUCCAAAAUUAAUAUAAGUUUUCUUUUUUAAACAAUUAAAAAAAUUAUUUGAAAAUGUAAAA